CCCAAUCAAAGACCUAAAAAAAUUUUAAAAAAACAACCAAAUUAUUUUAUUAUUUUAAAUCCCCCAAUGGACGGAGAUCAAAUCCGGAGAAGCAGUAGCGAUCGAAAUUUGGAAUAUAGUCGAUGCCGCCGAAAUGGCGUUCAUUAUGCCACAAUUGCGGAAUUCCUGGCGAGUCUCAAUAUUAAUGAUACCACUUUGGGAUCGGUUCAGGGUCUCAAGACCCUCACUCUGGAGGAUUACCUAAAAAUCAUGCGAGGUGCCGACAAAGAGCAGGGCGAUGGGGAUAUCACUCUCGAAACCAGAAAGAUGGAAAAGAAAGCGAUCCAGGAAAUCAACAGGCAAAGGCAGUCGGACUUAAAGAAUCCCGGCAAAUCCAAUCUAAUAUCCCAGUACACCGAACCAAUUUGGAUAUAAUACAAGACUCACUUUUAAAUUAUUGUAUUAUUAUUCUAAAAUCCUAAAGAUUGUAAGUGUU